CAUAGGAUCCCUCACCAGCAUUUGUAUAGAAUAGAAGUGCAGGUCUCAAUCAUGGAUCCAUCGGAUGUCACUGUCAAGCCUCUAUCGCUGGAAGACAUUGCUGCUGCGGCUGUGCUUUUGGAGAGGAGCGCCGCAAAGUUCAGAGCAGAGCCCAAUCUUGCAGAAGGCCGCCUGAAAAGCGCGCUGGAGAACAAAGAAUUGGUGAACGUUGGAGUUGAUGGCGCUGGCAUUUGUGGAGUUGCUUUCCGAGACCCGAAAUAUGGCUGGGAGGUCUAUUCGACUGACCCUCUCUGUGUCCCUGCACUGGUCAAAGAUACCAUUGCCACGGCCACGCUGGCAGAUGAUCAGAAGUCGACCUUCUGGAGGGAUGGCUACCUUGUUUUCCCUGGCAUGCUGGCUAAAGAGGCGCCCAUGCUCAAGCAGAACAUGGACCUGAUGAUGAAAGCUGCUGCAGAUACGACAUCAGAUUGGAACGCUGUCAAUGAUGGCGCUGCCUUUGUUCUGGCAGUGAAUGAGCGUGGGGAAGCCAUCCCAGGCAGAUUCUUGAAGGUGCAGGCUGCCGCCCUGGCCAGUCCUUCUGUUCUCGAGGUGCUGGGUUGCACGAAGGUUGUGGAGAAAGUUCGGGAGCUUUACAGCUUUCUUGGGCAUGAUGUACCUCCGCACGUUGACGUCUUUGGAACCAAGUUCUUUCCUAUGUGGCCUGGAGGAGUCUCUGUGAACUGGCACCAGGACUGUCACUACUUUGGGACAGCAUCGCCAAGGAUUAUCUCCUGCGGAGUCUAUUUGGAGGAUACGGACCAGGAGAACGGCUGUUUACAGGUGGUGCCUGGCUCCCACACUCGAGACUUUGAUCACCUGCCUGGAAAUGGUUUACACUCUCAAGGUGAAUGGGCAACUCCAGGUCCUUUGGACAAGGUUGUGGACGUCGUCGUUCCUCCGGGCUCGGUGGUUCUUUUCAACUCUCGACUGCUGCAUGGAGCGAGGCAAAAUCAACAUACUUCUCGAACACGCUAUUCUUUAUUUGGUCAUUAUGUGCCAUCAGACUUGAAUUUUGGCUGGCGCGGCACCGACUUCUCGCAUGGCACCUAUGCAGAUCGUCACAAGGUUUACUAGCAAUAGAGCUUGCCAGAUCGUCAACUUGCAUCCGCAGAGGUCCUUUGUCAGAAAUGAUGUAUUGAGCUUGGUCUGUGGGUCCACUCCUAGCAGUUUGAGCUUGUCGUUUCGACCACCCGGUGACGGUUGGCUCGGUUGGGCGAUUGGCUCACCGGGUGACUUGUCAGAGUCUACAUGUUGCCAGACUGUGCUAGACUCUGCAGGUGCAAAAGUCCUCUCAUUGUUCCUUGUUCGUGGGUUUCUUGCUCAGUGUUGCAC